AUGGCAUCUAGCAAUCUGUUUUUCGAUGACAUCCGAAAUAAGCCUGAGGUUAUUGAUCCUCCUCAAAAUGAAGACAUGACAGAUAUCAGUGAAAGUGUAAAUGAUCCUGCUCAGACAGCUUUGAAACCUAACUUGACUGUGUCCAGCAGUGUUCGCGAAUUAUUGGAGUGUCCUGUGUGCUUAAAUGCCAUGUAUCCUCCAAUUCAUCAGUGUUCAAAUGGUCACACAUUAUGUUCCAGUUGCAAGCCCAGAGUUCAAAACCGAUGCCCCACUUGCAGGCAUGAACUCGGCAACAUUAGAUGUCUUGCACUGGAGAAAGUCGCUGCAUCUCUCGAACUUCCAUGUAAAUAUCAGAGUUUUGGAUGCAUAGGCAUAUACCCUUAUUACAGCAAGCUAAAACAUGAAUCCCAAUGUGUUUUUAGACCGUAUAACUGCCCAUAUGCUGGAUCAGAAUGCACAGCUAUUGGUGAUAUUCCUUAUCUAGUGGCCCAUUUGAAAGACGACCACAAAGUUGACAUGCACAAUGGCAGUACUUUCAACCACAGAUAUGUCAAAUCAAAUCCACAUGAAGUUGAGAAUGCAACAUGGAUGCUGACGGUUUUUAGCUGCUUUGGUCAGUAUUUUUGUCUGCAUUUUGAAGCAUUCCAGCUUGGGAUGGCCCCAGUCUACAUAGCAUUCCUGCGGUUUAUGGGGGAUGACAAUGAGGCAAAGAACUACAGUUACAGUCUUGAAGUGGGUGGAAGUGGGAGGAAGAUGAUAUGGCAAGGAGUGCCUAGGAGCAUAAGGGAUAGCCACCGGAAGGUUCGAGACAGUUUUGACGGUCUCAUUAUCCAACGCAACAUGGCCCUUUUCUUCUCUGGUGGAGACCGGAAGGAAUUGAAGCUUAGGGUGGCUGUCGACCAAGGACUGCCUGGUAAACCAAGCAAGUUCCCAACAGUCGACCAAGGCCAGUCAACGGAGGCGGACCCAGUUGUUCAUAGAACGAGGAGAAGACAACCAACCAUGUACUCUGCAACCACGUUGCUGAACCACAUGUAUACCAAAAACCCAGAAGGGACAGAAAAGUGA